AUGUUAAUGGAAAUUGGGGACUGGGAAGCUAGUACGUGGUUACAGAUUAUAUUUGUUCACCUUUUUCAAUGUUGUUAUACCUAUGCCAUCUCUGAAAUCACGACGAAUCUAUAUACAUUACCUAAAAUGUUAAAUUCAUUCCGUCGAAGACGUCCAAAAGCUCGUUUAUCUGGUACAAAUGGUACUACUACUACGGACGGUACCACUGUUUCUGACCUAAAAGGUGAACAUCAUCCUAAUGUGCACAAAUUACAGUCACUUCAAAAACACGAUAAUAAUCGCCAACAUUACCACGGAAAACAUUCCAUACAUCGACAAGAAAAUACGUCACAAAUGGAUUCCCCACCAGCGAUACCUCCUAGAAAACCGGUAGAAAAAAAGAACAGUUCAUGCUCAAUGUAUUCAACAUCAAACAAUUCAUUGAUAUGGCAACAAAAUUCAAGUGUACAAAAUGAUAAUGAAACAUCGUUGAAAAUAACAAAUAAAGAGAUCAGUACAAGUUUAAUGGAUUUGUUAGGCAAUGCGAUAGAAUCUCUAAACAAUGGCAUAAAUAGAGAUACAAAGACUCUACCAAUUUUACCCGUUUUCAAUGGCGAAAAUGUACAAUUUAGUUUGAAAAAUGGACGUGCAUCUUUAUCAAAUACGAGAAUCUCAACUUCAUCCAGCAAUGUUGACAAACUUCGACCAACUCUAAGUGAUGAUACGAAUCAACAAGGAACAGUAUUACUAUCAUCAAAAUCAGUUGAUUCUUAUUGGACUGAAGAUACAGAUAGUUCAUUAAAAAUUUCUUAUCCACCCUAUAACUUAGAAAUUGACGAUAAAGCAUUUACAUAUCGAAAUUAUUUUUCAAACACUGAACAUUCCAAUUGGUAUGGAAACAGUGAGUUAAGAGGACCAGUAAUUAUAUCAUUCAAAACAAAUCCACAGAAAACGUUUAUAGUUAGAACAAAACAACAAACUUACAUUCAAACCAUUUCUGAUACUAACAGUAGCGUAGGACUAAAAAUAUUGAAUAAAAUUUGUGAGAACUGUGAUAUAAACGAUGUAGAUAAAUUUGAUCCAAUAUUAUGUGAUGGAGCUCAAGAAUUACUUUCCAAAUAUGAUGAACAUCAAGUAUCAAAUCAACAUAAAUUCGGUGUCAUUUUUCAACGAGAAGAUCAAUUUACAGAAGAGGACAUGUUUAGCAAUGAAACACACAAUGAUCUAAUGGAAGAGUUUUUGAACAUAUUAGGAAAUCGUAUAAAACUAAAAGACUUCCAUGGUUAUCGUGGUGGUUUAGAUAUAAAAACAGAUCAAACUGGCAUAGAAUCUAUUCAUGAAGUAUAUAAUAAUCAUGAAAUAAUGUUUCAUAUCAGUACAUUUUUACCAUAUUCAAAACUUGAUCGACAACAAUUGGAACGAAAACGUCAUAUUGGAAAUGAUCUUGUAACCAUCGUAUUUCAAGAAAGUGAAGAAAUAUUAUUUGAGCCCGAAUGUAUCACAUCACAAUUCUUACAUGUUUACCUUAUUAUUACACCAAUAGAUGAUAAUAAAUAUAAGGUAACGAUAAAAGGCCGCGAUGGUGUACCACUUUUUGGACCAUCACUUCCAGAGUCAUCAGUAUUUGAACGCGACAAUAACUUUAAACAAUGGUUGUUAGCCAAACUUAUUAAUGGUGAAUUAGCAUGUUAUAAAACAAACAGCUUUCAGAAAUUACAAGAACGAACAAAAGCGAAUUUAUUAGAAAAUCUAUAUCGAACAUUACAUGAUAUGAAUCAGUUAUGUAUGGAAUAUUUGUUAACAAAUAGUCAAUAUAAAUUUGAACAAGAGCAACAACAACAACAACACCAACAACAACACUUACAAGUUCAAUCAUCGUCUCUACAGAAGACGAGUGAUACUCGUGAAAACGGAUUAUUGGGUAGUGUACGGAGAAGAUUAUACCCAAAAAUUCGGAUUCAAACAUCAUCAGCUGAUACAAAACAAACAAUAGUAUCGGCAACAUCAUCGAUAAAUGGAGAUAUCGAUUUGACACGAUCUAAAACAAGAAGUAUGACUAUGGAUUUGAAACGAAGUAUAUCAAGAGAAUCAGUAAUAACAAACAAUCCCAAUACAAAUAAUACAUCAUUAAAAAAUGCCUUUUUAUUCAAGAAUAAUAAUUCACGAGAUAAAAAUUCAACACCGAAUACACCUACAUCACGAUUUUUAUUACCAGAGAAUGAUUUGGCAUCUAUCAGAUUGUCUCCGUCUUGUCUCUCUUCACCGUUCGAAGAUAACGGUCAUCAUUUUAAUUUAUUUGAUAAUGAAUUGUCACCGAAUAAUAGCCCUCCAGCAUCUUAUAAUUCAUCAUUAUUCAAGUUUAAAACAAAUGGAAAUGAAUCCAUUUCAUAUGAAAAUGGAAAUAAUACUAAUCGAGAUUCGUCGUAUCUACUAUCAUCUUCUACUAGUAAAGUAUCAAUGGACGAAUUUCAAACACAAUCGAAAGAAGAAUUAAUCAAAUCUCUAAUAAAUAUGCAACAAUUUCAUAAUACACGUUUAGCCGAACUUGAUCAGCGUCAUCGUAGAGAAAUAAAACGUUUAGAAAUGCAACUGACGCAAGAAAAUUCGAUUCAAAUUACCGAUAGUCCUUGA